AUGGCGUCUCUCUCAAAGUUUACUAACAUGUCAAGUUUGGUCCCUAGCGUUCAAAAGAGUACGGUUUUCUUUUGUAAUGUGCCUCAACAUGUGAAGAAUGCUAUUCUUAGUGUUAUGCCAUUCGUGGAAGGCUCUCUUCCGGUUAGAUAUUUAGGGGUUCCUCUUAUUUCCACACGGCUCCUAUACAAGGAUUGUAGUAUCCUGGUUGAAAAAUUAGAGAAACUGUUUAUUUUACCGGCUCGGGUGAUUCAUGAUUUAGAAGCUAGAAUGUGGAACUUUUUGUGGACUCAAGAUAGCUCGUUCCAAAAAGGAAGGGCCAAGGUGUCUUGGAAUUCGGUUUGCACUCCGAAAUAUGAAGGGGGUUUGGGGAUUAGACGUAUCGGUGAUGUUAAUAAAGCGCUCAUGGCAAAUCACGUUUGGAGCAUCAUUACUAAACGAAAGUCUCUUUGGGUUGAUUGGGUGCAUGACUACAAAUUAAAAGGAAAGAGUUUCUGGAUGGUUAAGGCUCCAACGAAUUGUUGUUGGAGCUGGCGAAAACUUCUUCAGCUUCGACCGCUAAUAAGGAGUUAUAUCUGGACUAGUCUUGGGGAUGGGAGGUCGACGUCAGCAUGGUAUGAUACUUGGUGUCCUUUAGGGCCGCUAGGAGAUUUCUUGACCCCAAGAACUAUUACGAAUGCAGGUUUCAGAUUGGAUGAUUCAGUAGCAAAUAUUCAUGUAAAUGGUGUUUUGCAAUGGCCCACGGCUUGGAGGGAUCUAUUUCCAGUUCUUAUCCAGCUAGAUCAUGUCCAAAUGGUUGCAAGUAAACGUGAUCUUGUUCAGUGGCAGGUUUGGGUUAUGGUUCGACAUAAGGCGGGUAUGGAUAGUGUUGACCCAAAGUGGGACGAUAUUGUGGACUGGUUACUAGUCAGAAGUCGAUCUAAAUUAGCGGCAAAUUAUGUAAGCAGGAUUUUGGUGGCGGCUAGUGCUUAUUUCAUCUGGCAGGAACGUAAUGCUAGACUUUUCAAGAACCAGUUGAGGCCUCCGGAGCAAGUCUUUGACUCGAUAAUCAAGACUGUGCGAUACAAGCUUAUGGGAGUGAAGAUGAAGCGGACUGAAAGAGUGAAGAGGCUUCUAGGUGAAUGGGAGAUUCUUGAUACUGACAGUAACGGUGAUGGCGGAUGA